AUGACAAUGAGCUGUUGCGAAGUAGAUCCUACAGCACGCCUUGUUCAACCCUUUGUACAACUCCUGCUUCGUUUGACACGGUCCGAACCUUACGACCCUUAUCUUCCUAGGAAUGGCUCUUCCUCAAAUCCCUCGGGUCCUAGUCAGGGCGGAAAUGCGAAGACAGCUGCUAUUCAGGCUCAAAUUGACGAUACCGUUGAAAUUAUGAGAGACAAUAUCUCGAAGGUGGCAGAGAGAGGUGAAAGGUUGGACUCGCUACAGGAUAAGACAGACAACCUUGCAGUAUCUGCACAAGGAUUCCGUCGUGGAGCAAACAGAGUCAGAAAGAAUAUGUGGUGGAAGGAUAUGAAGAUGCGCAUUAUCAUCGGUCUUGCAAUUGCUGUGAUCAUUGUUAUCAUCGUGGUUUCCAUCGUGAAGGCAACAGGAAAAUAA